UCCUCCGCUCGCAGCGGCCGCCGUCGUCGACCGGCCGGUGCUUGAUGCUCUUCACGAGAAUCCUCUGGAGGAGGAGGAGCGCAGGCGUUGAGAGUGAAAGAAGUGAUGAAGGGCGAAGAGAUGCUGCAGCAUUGUCUGAUGUCGAAGUCCUCGGAAAGCGAGGGGAAGGAGGACGAACAGGCGGUGGUGAUCGACGAUCCUCCCUUGACGUGGAAUGCCGGUAGUGCCGCCAUGGGAGGCAGCAAGAAGAGGUUGCUCUCGAAGCAGCUGUCGAUGAGAGAGACAACGAGGGAGGCCAAGUGGGAGAAGCGGAGAAGGCAGACACUGCACAGGAGGCACAUGAUGAUGGAGGCGGGAAACGAUGAGGAGAAGGCCGUCGAGAAGGAGCCCGGCGAUGACGGCGAGAGGAGGCUGAGCGGAAGAGUGAAGAGCCUGACCGAUGAGGACCUUGAUGAGCUGAGGGGAUGCAUAGAACUCGGGUUCGGGUUCAGCGAGGAGGAAGGCGGCCAUGACCUCCGCCACACCCUCCCCGCACUCGACCUCUACUUCGCCGUAAACCGUCAGGUCUCUGACCCCAAGCUGUGGUCCUCGCCGAGCCCUGCCUCGACCCCGACCUCCACCUCGUCUCCGUCAACCUUGUGCGGCCCUCUGAGCCCCCGCAGCCCCGAUGAGCAGACGCGUUCCGGCUCUUCCGAGGCCUGGAAGAUAUUCAACCCAGGAGACAAUCCGCAGCAUGUGAAGGCGAGACUGCGGCACUGGGCGCAGGCUGUGGCGUGCUCUCUCAAGCAAAGCAACUGACAGCGAUCUCAUGCAUGCGAACCCUUCCGAGAGAAGAAGCGGCAGAUCUAUUCGAGUCAUCUCUCACAUCCAUUCUACGUCAUCAUCCACUAUUUGACACUUACUGCGAACUAUUAUCGUUUGAUGUCGUCGGU